AUGAAAGAUUAUUUGAUUGUAUUUCAGGGUAAGACUCCUUAUGAUCUGGUAGAAAUAAAAAGCUAUGAUGAUGAAGAGGAAAAAAGGAAGAAGAAAGAAGUGAUGGACUUCCUUAAGACUGUCAUGUCAAAGACAUCCCCAGAAGUAACUCCUGACACCCAUUUACAGGAACCUGCAGCACCAGUAGUUGAAGAUUCCAUCGGAAAAGGGCAACAGUCUGCCAUGUUAAAUCGUUUAUUAGGGAAGGGCAGCUAUGAAUCUUUUGAUAUGAGAUGCAUGGUAACUGGCCAAUUUUCUGUUGGGAAGUCGACUCUUGUUAAGCUGUUAGCUGGAGAAAUUAUACCUGAUGGUCGACACCCGACAGAUGGGAUUUCUCUGGUAGAAGGUCGCUGUGGCCUAGAUAUUCUUACAAAAGAGUGGAUUCUUGUUGAUCCAGACUCUUACAAUGCCCUAGAUGUUGUGUACCAUAAGGUUUUAAUGACCUCUCUGGAAGAAGAGGAGGAGAGUGAAGUUACCAACAAAGCUUCAGAUACAAGCCCAACUGGUUAUGCCAAAGCUACACUUUCCUCUUUGCCCUCAGAACAGUCUGCAACAGCACAAUCUCUACCAUCUACGAAAUCCUCCAAUGUGCCUCACACAGUAAACCAGAUGGAACAGAAAAUGAGAACAAGAAUGACUAAAGAAGAAAUAAGAAAGAAAAUGGAAAAAGUCCUCAAAAGUGGGAAGUAUAAAAUGAAAGUUGGACGUCUUAUCUUCUGGGAUUUUGGUGGACAAUACGUUUAUUUAACAACACACCAGACCUUCAUGACAUUCCGAGCGUUGUUUCUUGUAGUAUUUGAUGGGAGCAAAGAUUUGCAUGAACAGGUCCCUGAUGUGAUGUGUUUUCCAGGGCAGCACAUGACGCCAACGCCAGCAGGUAAUAUGCAUGUUAUUUACACUCCGAUUAUGUAA